AUGACGGAAUCAACAGAUAGCAUCAACACACUUAUAGAUAGUAUCAGUGAUCGACUGAAUAUAUUGGAACUCAUUGUGUCUCCAACCACACUAGAUGCCAGUGUCCGAGUGCCAGCAGACAACCCAUCAGCAACCAUUGUUGGCGGAUUGAAGGAUGCUCAGAGCAACCUGAAAAAGGAACUACAGAAACAACUCUCUCUUGCUUCAUUUAUCCAGCUAUAUGAUUCUAUGGAGCCGCUGUUCACUACUCGACAGCUGAUGCCUGGAACAUUGCCUCGAAAUAUAUCAAAUUCGACUUUGAAAGAAAUGGUAUUGGCUGCUGAUGCCGAUCUUACUGAAAUGGCAGAUCAUCUCAGUGCAAUCGACAGUCUUAAAAACUUGAUUGAUAUACCUUCACUAAGUGAACUGCCCAGGCUACAACCUCAGCUAUCGGCUGUUGAAUCAGAUCUGAAUCAAGAUGUCGAUCGAAUUACUCGAAUGCACAACCAGUUCACUACUAAUAUGGCCGUGUCUCAGCUGUUUUUGCAAUAUCACUAUAUUUUGGCAGAGCUCGAGCAAAAGUUGUCAGUAGCUAAUUGA